AUGUCAAAGCCUACAACGCACCUUAGACAUGACAUUUCUGAAAAGCGUAACGAUAUAUUGCUGCCUUUGGUAGAAGAUAUAAAAUCAUUGGUGCAGGCUGCAGAAACGGCCGACACAGCGGCAGAGAACUUCGUUAGUGACUAUGAUAGAGAGAUUGCUGUUAAGGUCGGAAAAAUUGAUUUGCACGUUCGGAACCUUAAUACGACUAGAAUAUCCGAUUGCCUAGAAGAGGUCUUCACGCAGGUGAAUCCGCUAUUGGGAAAGCUAAAAGCACAGUUGGCGGAGCUUAGUAGCUCCGGCCAGAAAGUUACAAGCACUGUUGGAACCGGAUUAAGUGCAAUUGAAGCUGAGUUAACGAAGCAGAUCUCAUCGCUUAAGGGGCAAAUUAGGAGUAACAUUUCAUCGUAUGUGACGAGUACGUUGCCUUCAAAAAUCAAUGAGAAGCUUACAACCUUCACCGAUUUUAUUGUCGAUUCAAAGAAUGGCAUAAAUGGUCACUUAGAUGAAAUAGCUCACAGGGUGCUGGAGUAUGCCGGAGAGUUUAAAGAGGGGAUGCAGAAUGGUUUUGAAGCAACAGUUGAAAAAUGGAUAAACGAUAUUAUGAGCAAAGAACCGGUAAGAUCGAAACUUGACAAGUAUGUGAGAGUAAACAAGGAGAAGGGCACGCUGAAGGACGGUGCUCCAAAUCCUAGUGCCCGAAAACUUAGUGCUACUAAACUGAUGAGUAUUUCAAAUGGCGCUGAUGAACUAUUGCGUACUCCGAUUAUAACAACUAUAAAGUCUCAGCUUGACCCGGAAAUUAAGAAUGCCGUUAAAGCUUUCGGCGCUGAUUCGACCAAUAAAAUUGAAGAAAAUUUGCAAAAGGUGAAAAAGGUCUGCGAGACGUUUUAUGGAUCCCUUAAUCAUAAAUUCAGUACAGUGAGAUUUGAUACUCUUGUUACAAACAUAGUGAAAGCGGUGGAGCAAGAGGUUUUGGGGAAAUCACACAAGUCUGCACUCGAAGAUGAAGGUUAUAUUGACACUGAGCUCCAAUUCGCCGUAGAAGCAAUACUUCCCGCGCUCUACGCCACUGCAAAGCAAACAGCUGCGACGAUCGAACGGCUAAAUGAAGGAGAUACCAUAAAACUGGGUGAAAACGUGCAGGCUGCUAUUGAUAGGGUUAAGCUGCUUGGGACGAGACUCAAAGAUGCUCUUACCCCUGACGCCACUCGAAACGAUAAGCUUGGCACCGACAUAAACACAGUCCUCGGCAACGAGGCUACAAAAGACGAUUUCAACAAACCACUCAGUGAGCUGCUCUCCAAAGCAGCCAAGCAAGGGAUAAAUAUGCUAGAUGAGAAAGUAAAAAGAAUCGUUAGCAUUGAUCUUCGUGAUGCCCACCCUACGAUGGAAACGCAAAUUAAUAGGUUGAAGCAGAUUCAAACCACUGACCAGCCGGACAACAUUCGGCAAAAAGUUGAGACCCUUGGGAGACAAAUAACAGCGUUGAAGGAGCUUGUUAGCGGUGUCCACAAGAAGGCCAAAGGAAUAAUCAGAAACCAAGUUGGAGAUGUGAAAGGGCGUAUCGAAGAGCUCAAAAGUAACGUUAGUAAUAUCAAUGAUCGAAUCAUAGCCUACAAUCAGGCUCUCGAGAGAGACAUACAAGAAACCGAAAGGGCCGUCAGCACAGCCCGCCAGCAACUGGAACGUGAAAUUGCCACAACGGAAACUCACCUCACCAGUGAAGUCAACACAGCCUUCACAGCCGUCCACACCGCCGCGAAAACUAUGUUCAACCAAAGUCAUAAGGAGGACUUGGAGCGGCUUAAGGAAUUGGUCAGCGCGCAACAUGCUGCGAUUACCGAAAUAAUAAAUGAAGAUAAAGAAACAGGACUAAAGGGGUUAAUGAAGAAAAUGUAUGAUAAAGAUGGAGCGACGCUGAAUGAACUAAAAGAUUACAAUGAGCCGAAAAAUCCAGAACAUUUUGAAAACCUGUCGAAGAAAUUCCAAGAGUAUUUAAAAUUAAUUUUCGACUACAUCAAUGAACAAAUCAAGCCCUCGGACACGUCGCCACCCAACUCCACAACCAAGGAGCCAACCAAAAUGCUGAGUGACGUGCAAAGUAAACUUGAAACUUUGCUUAAAAAUCUCGGUACAUCAAAACACUUCGAUAAUGUUUUUGUAACUCACUUAGAAUCCUUUUCCACUGAACUUGGCAUAUUCACGCCGUCUCACUUCGCCGGCCCGCAGAACGCUAAGCUGCUCGACUCACUUAGAGAUGGGCUGCAGAAAUUGCGUGAUCAGCUCGAUAAGGCGUACGUGAGUGCGUACUCGGGAGACUAUAUAAACAAUCACAACAAAGAUAAGUGUGCCAACGCCUUUGUAACAUGUCUGCCAACAAUCAACCGUGACCUGUGGAAGCUGAAGUACGGGUGUAAAAACAGUUGGAAAUUCAAUAGAAUCUAUGACUCCGAUUCCGAAUCUCUCGGUGCAUUCUUAAAAGGUUGUGACUACACAGUGUCUACAGACGCAGACAAACAGGACGGUGAAUUGAAAAAUGACAACAAUAAUAUGCUUGGCGCUAAUGUAGCAUUCCUUCUGACGAAAGAUACUAAAUUGUUCAAGAAAACUAGCCAAAAUGACUCCGACGUUCUUCAAAAACUCGUCGAUCACAUAAAAUCAUAUAACCAAGUCGGUCACGUUAAACACAUCCCGUCACCUAGAACCCCUUGCAGCAUUUACGAAAUGCUUACAUGGUGUACCGGCCUGCAGUACAACAGUGUGUACGAUAAGUUAGUAGCAUACUGUAAUGACUACGAUACCAAAGAUGACGCCUAUCUGUCGUAUAGAUUGUCAAUUGCCGUGACAUAUCAGUUACCUAGCCUAUCUACAUAUUCACAUGAUUUAUUAACUACUAUCCUUGGCACCGGUGAUGAACACACUACGUACGCAUCUGACUUUGCCAAUAACUCUCUUGAAUUCAAUUACCCCGCUAGUCCAGCGGCCUGUCUUGACACGCUUCUUGACAUUUUACGUAGAUUAUUCCCUGUGUUUAGGUACAUGCUCAGGCAAUGUAAGUUCAGUGCUCAGCACGCUGGUUGGUCCGACUGUGAAUACGGCAGGGACAUAGCGCUAGCCAAGUGGCCGUGCAAAGCUCAUCCCACCGCCAAACCAAACGGACAGUCAACGAUGAAACCAAAUGGUCAGUCAACAACCGAACCUACGUGCCAACCAACGUCUCCAUUAAUGUCUUACUUAAACGAUUGCCUACCUGGGCAGCUACCGCACCAACUGAUAUCGGUUGGUUGCACGGCGAAAUGUAUUACGUGUUCACCCGGUUCGAGGGAAUGCCUUGUUUGA